GGGGCGGAGAGGGAUGCGGGCUGCCGGAUCGGGCAGGCCUGAGGUGAAGACCUGCGGGGAGGGCGGGGCCGGAGCGCGAGCCUCGGCGCUGCGUGGCCGAGCGGUUAUCAACUGUAUUCACAGCCCUGGAAAUGGCCCAAGUAAAGUAGCCUGAGCCUGGCAUUGAUAGCGCAUCCAGCAAGAGGAAGAAGAUUGUGAGGCCCCUGGUGGACUGUGUCUCCCAAAAAAUGUACUCUCCAAGUCCUGUUGUAUUGCCCAAAUUCAUCCUGCUCUGCUCGCAGUUGGUUGUCUUUGAAACUGAAGAUGAUGAAACGUUUGUUUAUUUUUCCCAUGAAUACCACUCAGGUGUUUGUGUAAGGACCCUGUGAACAGGUGGAUCUCAUCCGUCUUUUGUUUCUCCCAGCUGUGUCAUUAGCCGGAGGAGGAGCCCAGUGGAGGUCCCUUUCCGCAAGCAUCCAAGCCAUGGCUCAGGAGUCAGUGAUGUUCAGUGAUGUUUCUGUAGAAUUCUCUCGAGAGGAGUGGGAGUGCCUGAAUGAUGACCAGAGAGCUUUAUACAGAUACGUGAUGUUGGAGAAUUACAGCAACCUGCUCUCUGUGGGAUAUUCCAUUUCUAAACCAAAUGUGAUCUCCUGCUUGGAGCAAAGGAAGGCGCCCUGGCUGCUUACCAGAGGGCUGACAGGAAGCCGGUGGCCAGAAUCAAGAGGUGAGGCCCAAAAAUUUCUGAAGAAGGAAAUUGAUGAUUUAGAGUCAGCCCAGUGGAAGAUCAUGGAAAGGCUUACAGGACAUGACCGUCAGUGUUCCGGUCUGAGAGAAGGCUGGGGAUGCAACGGCCAGCCUGAGAAACAGCGUGGCUCUCGGGGCUUCCGUCACCUGAUAAUCCCUCAGGAAGAAGUGCCCACUUUCGAUCAGCAUUCAUCCUUUACUUUACAACAAAUCAUUAAUCAGAAAGAGAAAUACUGUGAAACAGGAGACUAUAGAAAAACUUUUAGACCUGGCUCCCAAUUUACCAAACAUCAGAUAAUUCAUACCGUUGAGAAACCCUAUGAAUGUAAGGAUUGUGGGAAGGCCUUUAGACAUCCUUCAAGACUCACGCAUCAUCAGAAAAUCCAUACUGGCAAGAAACCAUUUGAGUGUAAGGAAUGCGGAAAAACGUUUAUUUGUGGUUCUGACCUUACCCGACAUCACAGAAUCCACACAGGUGAGAAACCCUAUGAAUGUAAGGAAUGUGGGAAAGCCUUUAGCAGUGGCUCAAACUUCACGCGUCAUCAGCGGAUUCACACUGGUGAGAAGCCUUACGCGUGUAAAGAAUGUGGGAAGGCCUUCAGUAGCGGUUCCAACUUCACUCAGCAUCAAAGAAUUCAUACUGGGGAGAAACCUUAUGAAUGUAAGGAAUGUGGGAAUGCCUUUAGUCAGAGCUCACAGCUCAUUAAACAUCAGAGAAUCCACACGGGCGAGAAACCGUAUGAGUGCAAGGAGUGUGAAAAGGCUUUUCGUUCUGGCUCAGACCUUACUAGACAUCAGAGAAUUCAUACUGGUGAAAAACCCUAUGAAUGUAAGAUAUGUGGAAAAGCCUAUUCUCAGAGUUCACAGCUUAUUAUUCAUCAGAAAAUUCAUCUUAGUGAGAAGCGCUAUGAGUGUGAUGAAUGUGGGAAGGCUUUUAGAGUACGAGGACAACUCACUCUCCAUCAGAGGAUUCAUACUGGUGAGAAACCCUAUAUAUGUAAAGAAUGUGGGAAGGCCUUCAGACAAUAUGCACAUCUUACUCGACACCAAAAGCUUAAUAUUGCUGACAGACUCUAUGAAUGCAAAGAAUGUGGGAAGGACUUUCUGUGUGGCCCUGGUCUUCGAGUGCAUUACAAACUACAUACUGGUGAGAAACCCUAUGAAUGUACAUAUUGUGGGAAGGCUUUUAGAGUGAGACAACAACUAACACUGCAUCAGAGGAUCCACACGGGUGAGAAACCCUAUGAGUGCAAGGAGUGUGGGAAGACCUUCAGCCGUGGCUAUCAUCUUAUUCUUCAUCAUAGAAUUCAUACUGGGGAGAAACCUUAUGAAUGUAAGGAAUGCUGGAAGGCCUUUAGUCGUUACUCACAACUUAUAUCACAUCAGAGCAUUCAUAUUGGUAUUAAACCUUAUGACUGUAAGGAAUGUGGGAAGGCCUUUAGGCUGCUGUCACAGCUUUCCCAACAUCAGAGCAUUCAUAUUGGUGAGAAACCUUACAAAUGUAAGGAAUGCGGGAAGGCCUUUAGAUUGCGCCAAAAACUUACUCUGCACCAGAGUAUUCAUACUGGGGAGAAACCUUUUGAGUGUAAGGAAUGUAGGAAGACCUUUAGACUUAAUUCUUCCCUAACUCAGCAUUUGAGAAUUCAUUCAGGUGAGAAACCCUAUGAAUGUAAGGAAUGUAAAAAGGCCUUUAGACAACAUUCACACCUCACCAAUCACCAGGUAAUUCAUAAUGGAGAAAAAAUAUAUGAAUGUAAGGAAUGUAGGAAAACCUUUAUUCGUCGUUCAACUCUGAGUCAGCACUUGAGAAUUCACACUGGUGAGAAGCCUUACGCGUGUAAGGAGUGCGGGCAGGCCUUUAGGCAACGUGCACACCUCAUUCGCCAUCAUAAACUUCACACUGGGGAGAAACCCUAUGAGUGUAAGGAGUGUGGCAAGGCCUUCACAGUCCUCCAAGAACUCACUCAGCAUCAGAGACUUCAUACUGGUGAAAAACCUUACGAAUGCAAGGAGUGUGGGAAGGCAUUCAGGGUACAUCAGCAGCUGGCUCGACACCAGAGGAUUCACACUGGUGAGAAACCCUACGAGUGCAAGGACUGUGGGAAGACCUUCAGACAGUGCACCCACCUCACUCGACACCAGAGGCUUCACACCGCCGAGAAGCUCUACGAAUGUAAGGAGUGUGGGAAAGCCUUUGUGUGUGGUCCAGACCUUAGAGUGCAUCAGAAAAUUCAUUUUGGCGAGAAACCUUACACAUGUAAGGAAUGUGGGAAGGCUUUUAGAAUAUGUCAGCAGCUCAGUGUCCACCAGAGCAUCCACACCGGAGAGAAACCCUAUGAGUGUAAGGAAUGUGGGAAGACUUUCAGAUUAAGACAGCAACUUGUUCGGCAUCAGAGAAUACACACUCGUGAGAAACCCUACGAAUGUGUGGAGUGCUGGAAGACAUUUAGUAGUUACUCCCAACUUAUUUCACAUCAGAGCAUUCAUAUUGGUGAGCGACCUUACGAGUGCGAAGAAUGUGGGAAGGCUUUUAGACUGCUGUCCCAGCUGACCCAGCAUCAGAGUAUCCACACUGGUGAGAAACCUUACGAAUGUAAGGACUGUAGAAAACCCUUCAGAUUGCUCUCUCAGCUCACUCAGCACCAGAGUAUCCACACUGGUGAGAAACCUUACGCGUGUAAGGAGUGUGGGAAGGCCUUUAGGCUUUACUCAUUUCUUACUCAGCAUCAGAGGAUUCACACUGGUGAGAAGCCCUACAAAUGUAAGGAGUGUAAGAAAGCCUUUAGACAACACUCACACCUGACUCAGCAUCAGAAGAUUCAUAGCGGAAGUCUCCCACAUGAGUGCAGGGAAUGUGGACCCUCACAUACAGUGCAAACAGGUUUAUAUGGUUAUAAUUCAUCGCAUCUUGUAAUAUCCCCCUUUACAUGUAAUCAUUGUGGAAAAGGUUUCGAUCAAACAUUGGAACUCAUCAGACACCUAAGAAUUCAUAAUAGAGAGAAACUUUAUGAAUGUAAUAAAUGUAGGAAAACCUUCAGCCACAAGGAAAAACUCAUUGCGCAUCAUAAAAUCCACAAGGGGGAGCUUUCUUAUGAAUGCAAUGAAUGCGGAAAAGUUUUCAUGAAAAUGUCAAAUCUCAUUAGACAUCAAAGAAUUCAUACAGGAGAGAAACCCUACAGAUGUAAGGAAUGUGGAAAAUCCUUCGGCCAGAAGUCAAACCUUAUUGAUCAUGAAAAAAUUCAUACUGGAGAGAAGCCUUAUGAAUGUCACGAGUGUGGAAGAGCUUUCAGCCAGAAGCAAAGCCUCACUGCACAUCAGAAAGUUCAUACUGGGGAGAAGCCGUAUGCGUGUCCUGACUGCGGGAAAGCCUUCCCUCGAAUCGCAUCCCUUGCUCUCCAUAUGAGAAGUCACACAGGAGAAAAACCUUAUAAAUGUGAUAAAUGUGGGAAAUCCUUCUCUCAGUUUUCCAUGCUUAUUAUACAUGUAAGAAUUCAUACAGGUGAGAAACCUUAUGAAUGUAAUGAAUGCGGAAAAGCCUUCUCUCAAAGUUCUGCCCUUACAGUACACAUGAGAAGUCACACUGGUGAGAAACCCUAUGAAUGCAAGGAAUGCAAAAAAUCUUUCAGCCACAAGAAGAACUUCAUUACACAUCAAAAAAUUCACACUAGAGAGAAACCUUAUGAAUGCAAUGAAUGUGGGAAAGCUUUCAUUCAGAUGUCAAACCUUGUUAGACACCAUAGGAUUCAUACUGGAGAAAAACCCUAUGCAUGUAAGGAAUGUAACAAAGCAUUUAGCCAGAAAUCAAAUCUCAUUGCUCAUGAAAAAAUUCAUUCUGGAGAGAAACCCUAUGAAUGUAACGAAUGUGGUAAAGCCUUCAGCCAAAAGCAAAACUUUAUCACACAUCAGAAAGUUCAUACUGGAGAGAAACCUUACGACUGUAAUAAGUGUGGUAAAGCCUUCUCCCAAAUUGCAUCCCUUACACUUCAUUUGAGAAGUCAUACAGGGGAAAAGCCUUAUGAAUGUGAUAAAUGUGGGAAAGCCUUCUCUCAGUGCUCACUGCUUAAUUUGCACAUGAGAAGUCACACAGGGGAGAAGCCUUAUGUAUGUAAGGAAUGUGGGAAAGCCUUCUCGCAACGAACUUCCCUCAUUGUGCAUAUGAGAGGCCAUACAGGUGAGAAACCCUAUGAAUGUAAUAAAUGUGGCAAAGCCUUCUCUCAGAGCUCUUCCCUUACUAUACACAUACGGGGUCACACAGGUGAGAAACCCUUUGACUGCAGUAAAUGUGGAAAAGCCUUCUCUCAGAUUUCAUCCCUUACUCUUCAUAUGAGAAAACAUACAGGCGAGAAACCCUAUCAUUGUAUUGAGUGUGGCAAAGCUUUUAGUCAAAAGUCACACCUUGUGAGACACCAGAGAAUUCAUACUCAUUAGAAGCCCGGCGAGUACUGUAAAAAUGGGCACGCCUUCAGAAGGAUUUAACAUCUCAUUGCACAUUACACAGCAGGUUCUCAAGUAGAAAACGGAGUUUGGGAAAGCCUUGUGAAAAAGUCACACAUUUAUGACACACUAGCUAAAUCUUGCCAAAAUGACAGUGUUCAAUGAGAAAGCUGAUCAAAAACCUUCAGCAGACAUAAGAAACAAUCAGCACUCUCAUUAAAGUUGGAAACCAGAUACCUAGCCAAUGUAUUAGGCAAGAAAAAGACUGGGGGAAAAAAGCAUAAAAUGACCUUUUAUUAGAGAAAUAGUUAAAUAGAAAUGUGUUGCUAAAAAUAAUAAUAAACAGAAUUAUGUGAUUUCAAUAUAUACAGUUAUAAAACAUAUAAAGGCACAAAAGAAGACUUGAAAAAUGGGAAAAUGGCGUUAUAUCUGAAAAGAUUAGACAUUAUAAAAAUGAGUCUUCCAAUUUCUUGAGUUUAAUGUACUUAUGCCAGUUA